UUGUGCUCAAUCCACAAUUGUGUAUCUAUGUAUGCAAAAGUACGCAACCUUUUCCAUUUCUCCUCUAUAAAUACACAAAUUGGUGAAACCAAUGGUCUUUCAAUACAUAAACUUCUUUCAAUUAUACUACUAUUUACUACAGGUUACAGACAGCUAGCUAAGCUAAGAUAACAAUGGCGGCUUCAGUACAACAAGCUCAAGGUGUGAACCAAUUAUCAAACAAGGAGAAAGUCGCAAUCGACGAGGCAGUGAAGGAGGCAGCAAUCGACAUCAAGAAUGCAAAAGCAAGCCAAAAUCACCUGGUGAUGGUGGCUGGGGUUAUAAAGAAUCUCCAGAGUCGGAGAUUAUUUCUUAACAAACAGUACAUAAUGAAAGGCAAAUAUGUAAUCCCACCUCCUGAGACAUUAACCUCUGACAUUCCUGGUAAGUUUGUGCAAGAGGGUGCGCCUUCGCAAGGGCAGCUCCCUGUUGUUGUAGGCGCCAAGGCUGCAGUGAUAUACAGUCCCUUGGACAAGGCUCUUCCUUCUCUUGGUUGGCUCUUGGCUUGGUACAAACCUGCUGAAGGCUCCGAAGAAAAGAACAAGGUGUAUGUGGAAGUUGGGGACUUAAGCAAGUUGCUGAAUAUGAAGGAGAGUGAAAUUGAAGGGAAACUGGAUGCAUCCCACGACGAAAGUCACUGCCCUGGUGCUGCUGCUCGAAUUGAGGAUAGCAAGGACGACAGUCGAGUAGCUAUGCUUGGUGCCUCCUUUUUUGAGUUUCUCCCUCAGUGUUAAAAUCUUAAUUAGAUAAAUCAUCCAUCUCAUGUAAUCUGUUUUAUCCAACAAACAAAGGGGCACUAAUACUUGCUUAAUUAGCCUGCAUAUUCUACCAUGCAGCUAUUACUAUUAUUAUGUCUAUUAUGCUUAUGAGUUAUGAAUAAAUAUUGCCCCUUGGUCUUGUAAUUUCUGAAGAUGGAAGAUAUAAUAAUAGCAGAAGUACUAUCUAUGUUUAGCUUA